CUCGUUGCGAUCGGUCGCAGUUUUUCCGAACAGCCACAGCUGCACAUCGGUUGCGGUGUGUUUUUGGCCCAAGUUAGUAGUUUUUAGCAUUGCGGUCGGCCGAAGAGCAAAGAUGAAGAUUGUGUUUGGGUUAACAAGCUUGACCGGCAUCUAGGUCAUCGGGGAUAUUCGAAACUUUGUGGGUGACCUAUGAUGACGAGAGUCAUCGAGAAGCAUGAAUAUUUGCUGAGAAUCAGCAUCGGUUGAACGUCAUCUGAAUAGCGUGAACAAACUUUUGCUACCAUUUGCGUGUGGUUCGGCUCAUCUGGCUGACAGGACCGGAAAAAUUCCAUUAGUGAUCCACUUAAGACGAACAAAUCGAGCAACAUUCCUACAGCAAAUAGUAACAGAACACGAAGCGCAGAACGAGGGGAAUGCAAGCUUAAGAUCGUCAAAACCCAUCACGUAGUGCGGGCGCAGUGAAUGAACGAGUGAGUGAUUGAUCGAUUUACUAAUCCAGUACGAGGGGUCCACCGAAUGUGGUCUUGGAGUGAACCAUUGUGACUAAUAGAAGAAGAAAGAGGAGAAGAAAAUUGUCAAUAAAGCUGGAGCCGGUCGCACGUGUACGAUCAAACGCUCGUAUCGGAAAUGCUGAAGGUGUGAAGAACACGAGGCAAGAUUGAUGAUUUGCCGGUUGUAGUUCCUAUAAGUAAGCAAGAAUAUAAAAAAUAACAACAACGGAAGGAAAGCAUGUUUUUCUCGCGUGAGUUCCAUUGUUGAAAGCACGAGGAAGGGAGGGAAACUCCAAAAGUGAGCGAGAUUCAAAGUGAAGUAUUUAUGAUGAUAAUGAUGCGUCGUCGCCGGCACAGUAGGCGCGUGGAAAACUUCUGGUGCUGAUGCUGCUUCUGAGUAGGCCGUGGUCGUUUGGUAGAAGAAAAGCAAAGAAUAAUACGAUUAUAAAUUAAUACUGGCAGCAGCUGUUCUCUUGCUUGGCCCUGCCAAGUGCGUGUGUGUCAAGUGGAAAACUGGAAUUUGACAUUCGCUGGAUGCUGUGUAAACACGAGGGACAAGUACCGACUUUUGGAGGAUACCGCAGCGCUGCGAUGGAUUCUUGAAAUCCUUGGAGUGAAAAGAACAACCGACCUCCCAGGACUUCCAAUGAGUCGUUAAAUGUGACCGCACUCGGCCGCAAAAACCACUAUCCCCGAAAACCGUUCAAUCGAAAGUGUCAAACGGAAAUCUGGAAACCCGUACCACAGUUGGCUAAAAAUGUCCCGGCCCUGGUCGGCGAGGAAGAAACGGGUUUGCGGAAGUCGAAGCGGAAGCAGAAGACAAGAAAGAAAGCCAGAAAGUGUAGCCAAGUCAUCGAGCAGAAGUAGCAGUAGGACAACGGCAUGAUGCCCCCGGUUCCUUUACUCGUUCUCAGCCGGAAAUUGAACGGAAGUCGUCGUAGGCAGUUGCUGGUGGAGUCCUAUCAUCACCCUCUAUGGCACUGGUGGCUUCUGGUGACGGGAUUGUUUUUGGUGCAGGCCAUCAGCUCUGGUGGCGGCCAGAUGGAGGGAGAGGAUCGGAUGCUUCGUCUGCGAGGGGGUGGCAAGGGUCAGUAUCCCACCUACCAACAGCAGCAGCAGCAGCAGCAGCAUCAUCUGCAACAGAUGGGAGAACAUGAUCAUUUCUUGUCCGCUGUUCCUCCCUCGUCGAACGAAAUCGAGUGUCCGAGCUUUGCGGAGAACUCGGCCUGCCCGUGCUACAAGUUCGAGGACGGAUUGUUCCUCGAAUGUCCCAGCAUCACAGCACCGGCUCUGCGCUCGACCCUGCAGCUGAUUUCCAGUCCGAUCCAGUCGCUGUCGGUGUACGAGUUUGACCGCUCGGUGCGAUUCCUCACCGCUGACCUGUUUGCGCCGCACUCGACGUCCUCAUUCUCAUCCGGUCUCGGAUCCGCCGGAGGAUUUCCCAAUGACCAGGGGGGCAGCAUUCUGGGAAGUGGCAGUAGCGGCACCGAUGUCAACAUAAGACAUCUUCAAUUUUCCCAUUCCAAUCUGCAGCAGCUCAAGGAGAACAGCUUGAAUAAUUUACGAGCGCAUUUGGAAAGCUUGAGCAUUGUAAAUGGAAAAUUGACACAAGUCCCCUCGAAGGCGCUCUCGGGCAUGAAGAAGCUGAUGGUGCUGGACUUUGAGCUGAACGAAAUCAGUUCGGUGGAGGAGUACGCCUUCUAUGGGCUGCAUCUGGUCAAGCUGAACAUGAAGGGCAACCGGCUGGAGCGCAUUCCGGAAACGGGUUUCUCCGGGCUGGAGGAUUCGUUGGCGGAAAUCGACCUAUCGGAGAAUAGGCUAAAGCAGUUUCCGACCGGGGCACUGAAAAGGCUGGAGAAUCUACGUUCCGUGCGACUUUCGAUGAAUGAAAUCAACUCGCUCGAGCAGGACGAUACGUAUACCCGGUUCGGGUCGUUGGUGUUUCUCGAUCUAAGUCUGAAUAAUUUUGUGGAACUGUACAGUGAUGUGUUUAAUCCGUUCCCCUAUGUGAAAACCCUAUCGUUGUAUAAUAAUUUUAUCGAGCUAAUUCAUCGGGACAGUUUUGUGUCCCUGAAGGAGUUGCAUUCGCUGGAUCUGAGUCACAAUAAGAUUGUUUUUGUGGAUGCGGAAGUGUUUGCGGCGAAUCGGAAGCUACAUUCAGUCGAUAUGAGCCACAAUCACAUUCACUAUGUGAGCGGAGUGUUUGCGAAUCUUCCGGUGCUACGGGAAGUGUUUCUGAGUGAGAAUAACGUGCUGGAGCUGACGGAUGAUUGUUUUGUAAAUUCGAGUAGUAUUAAGGUAAUUUAUUUAGAAAAUAAUUCAAUUCAGCGUGUCGAUGCCGAUGCGCUGGCAACACUGUUCAAUUUGGAGCAGCUGUACUUGAGCGGGAAUCACAUCCGAUUGCUCCCGGCGGGUUUGUUCGAGAUCACGGCCAAGCUGCACUCGCUCAGUUUGGACAACAAUCUGAUUAGCGAGCUCGAUGUACGGUUGUUCCGAAGGUUGACCAAUCUACGCGAGAUCCGGCUGAACGGGAAUCAGAUUAGAUUAAUUAAGGAGCGCCUGUUUGGUGGGCUGGAAAGUUUGAUGGAACUGCAUUUGCAGGAUAACGAGAUUAGAGUGAUUGAGAGGAAUGCAUUCGCGAAUUGUCAACAGUUGCAGUAUAUCAAUUUGCAGGACAAUUCGUUAGACGAAUUCGAUACUGUGUUUGCGACCGGAUCGGGUGAGGGUGUUGCCAAUCAUCUUCAGCAGCCGCUGACAGCCCGGGGGAAACUCAUCACUUCCUCGAAGCUCGGGCCGGCAGAUCAAUUUGGCGAUUUAACUGAUUCCAGCUCAUCCUCCUCGUCCUCCUCGACGUUGCUGUCGAUUCAGUUAAGCUCGAAUGCAAUCAAAUAUCUACACGGGAACGCCUUCCACGGACAGACGAGUGUCGAGAUAAUUUGGUUGGAAAAUAAUAUGCUUAAGAGUUUGGAUAAAAUGUUACUAACGGAAUGUGUCCAAUUGGAGCGGUUAUAUCUGAGGAACAACUCGCUGUCCAGCAUUGAUCCGGGUGCGUUCGAUUCUCAGAGGAGGUUAAAGUUCUUGGAUUUAAGCAUCAAUCAAUUGUCCAACCUGAAUGACAAUCUUUUCCGAAACUUGGCUGAAUUGGACGAACUGAUCCUCGCGGAGAAUGAUUUUACAAAAAUCAGUGGGAAUGUAUUCAGUCCUCUGCAUAAGCUUCGGUCUCUGGAUAUGAGCUAUAAUCGAUUGGGAUCGCUCCAGAGCAACAUUUUUCAACCAAAUUUCUCGGUUAGUGUGAUGAAUCUAAAAGGCUGUGCAUUGAAUCGAAUUGAGCCUGGAGUAUUCAAAGGAGUACCGAAUCUUAACGAGCUGAAUCUGGAUGAAAAUCUUCUAAGCGCUGAUGAUGUUCGACAAAUCGACGCUAGUUCAUUGAGAAUUUUACGACUGUCGUCCAAUAAUUUCACCAUUAUUCGAGAAAAUAUGCUCGAUCGAUUACCCUCGUUACAAAUUCUAGUGCUGAAUCGAUGUUCCAUUAGAGACCUGCCCCAUUCGUUGUUCAGCAAAAAUAACAACCUGGUGAAAGUGGACCUCAGUAAUAAUUUGCUUCGAACUUUAAAACGAAAUAUAUUCAACAACCUGAAUGUAUUCAAAGAGCUUAAACUACACAAUAAUCAGAUCAACGAUUUUCCUCAUAUCGCAUUGUCCAACGUGUCGACACUGGAAACCCUAUCGCUAUCAUCCAAUCAACUGACCAGUGUGGACUUUUUCAAACUUAAUGGUCUUCCAAAUUUACGCCGACUGGACCUGCAGGACAAUACAAUUUCGUCACUAUCCGGAUUCAAUACCAUUACUCUGCCCCACCUAGACAUGCUCGACCUUAGUGGAAAUCUACUUCUUGCCCUGCCUCAAAAUUUCUUCAAACACUCCAUCAGUCUGCAGCGAAUCGACCUUUCGUCGAAUCGUUUUAGCCAAAUUCCAAACGCGGCCCUCUCGGAAUCAUCCCUGGCACGUCUUGCCUGGCUAAAUCUAACGGGAAACCCCCUGCAGCGAAUAUCCGAUUCCGACCAGCGGCGAUAUCCACAUCUCAAAGAGCUACACAUAAGCCAAACGAAUCUUACCAUUCUCACCAGUCAAGAUUUUGGCAUCUAUCCCGAACUGCAGCGCCUCUACUUGGUGCAAAAUCGUAUCAAUCGAGUCUCGCCAAGCGCAUUCAAUGCUCUAGCAAACCUACAGGUCCUAGACCUAAGCAUCAACGAAAUAGAAAUCCUCCCCAAGGAACGUCUCCAGGGUUUGCGGUUGCUCGAAAUCCUCAACAUUUCCACCAACAACAUCAAAGAGCUGGACGAGUUCCCGUCCGACCUGCAGAAGCUGAAAAUUCUAGACAUUUCGUCCAACCAGCUGGAGCGCAUUCAGAAAAAUACCCUGCGACAUUUGGCCUCGCUGCAGGAGCUGUUCCUCUACGGCAACCGGAUCAGUGUCAUCUCGUCGGAUGCGUUCCGCUGGCUGAGGAACCUUCGCCGGCUGGAUUUGGGCAAAAACUACUUCGAAGAGAUCCCCCUGCGGGCGCUGAAGCCUCUCGAGACGCACUUGAAGCAGCUGCGGUUGGAAGAGAACCCACUGGUCUGCUCGUGCGACACCCAGGAGCUGUGGGAAUGGCUUGCGGAUCACCGGAAAUGGACCGGCACCGGCGAAAACGUACGGUGCGAGCAGCCGCCGGAAGUGCACGGGAAGAACCUGCUGGCGAUGGAGCCCCAGGAGUUCUGUGACGUACCGCUGAUACUGAAAAUUGCCAUCCAGGACAUCCAGCCGUACUCGGUGCUCGUUUCGUGGCAAAGCCGGGAACACUCCGGGCUGCACGGAUAUCACGUGAUUUUUCACUCGCUCGAUAUGGUGGAGGAUAUCCGCGGCAAAACUUUGAAUCGGCUAGCCAAUUCGGCUAAGCUUGAUCGGCUAUCAUCCAACACCAGGUACUUGAUAUGCGUUCUGGGUCUGGGCAGCUGGUUGUCGUACAACGAUGACAUUCAAAGUUUGCUGAACCAAUCGAACCACAUCCAGAACCAGAUACUGAACAACCAACCGGGUGGAUUCCUGCCCGGCAUCCACGAGCUGGACACUUCCUUCUCAAAUACGCUACUCUCGCUGAUGAUGGACACUCCGACUUCGCGCUGUACCGAGGUAAGGACGUUGGAUUCGAUCGGUCCGAAUCCGUUAGCUGAGGUCGAUGGAAUGUCCAGUCAAAGUAUUAUCCAUUCGAUCCUGACGCGGCGGCUGGGGCUGAUUGUGGGCUGCUGUCUGGGGAUAGUGGUGUUCAUAGUGCUUAUAUCGGUGCUAGGGUAUCUGAAGAUCAAGAAACAACGUAUCGAGGCGGCCAAACGACAACAACAACCUGCGCCGCCGGAUUUUAUGUCCUACCGGCAUUUUUCUAUUCCGAACGAUGAACACGGUCGGGAUGGAGUGGUGGUGGGUGCCGGUGGUGGAACCAAUAGCUUCUUACAUAACAACCACCAGGGCCAGGCGAGUCAACAGCAAGGGCAGCAGACGAAUCCGGGACUCGAUGGCCAUCCGAGCUUUAUUUCCGGGGCAGUUCUGGGGACGACUACCACCUUGAACGGAGGUAGCACCAUAGGAUCUGCUCCGGGAUCAGAGGAGCGCAAGAAGAUCAUGUUUGAUAGUUGAAGCGCUUCCUGUACUCCUCUGUCUCAAUCUCUCUCUGAUGUAUAAAGGGGGCAAAUGGACCACCAUCACGUAAAAUCAUCCCACACCGAAAAACUCACAGCACCUCUCUAGUUUUUCACCGAAACUACUACUACUACUAAUACUAACACACGUGUGUGCGCCGCUGGGCGGGCUUCGUCAAUUAGGUUGUGUUUUAAUUUCCGUGUUGUUUUUCUAACGCGUACCUUUCUAAGACCGAAAACCCGUAAAAAUGUAGCCAAAAAUUCUCUCUAGUCAUCGACCGUGUGCGAUAAUCGAUCGCAAUUAAAUAGGUUGCGAACAACAAUACCUACAAACAAAUGGUGCAGCUGAAAUGGAAACGGAAAACAACGACGAAUACAAGAAACCAAACAAAAAACAUAAAACUUAUAGCAGAAAUCAAAGUAGGCUCAAACGAAACAAAUAUUUGUACCGACACAAGAAUGGAAAAUAUUAAAAACAUAAAUCAAAACUGUUAAUAAGAAACAUAAAUCAAAGGAGGCGAAAUCGUCUAGUUGUGACGACCGGGUAAAGGUAAACAUAAAAUGGUGGCGAUCGAAUGUUCUGUAAAUAAUCAAAACGACAAGCCGUGGCCGUGGGAAAGACGAAGGGGGGCGAAGGAAAAUAUUCAAGCCACGAGAAGAUGUUUACGAGUUAAAAGGCCUGCGAAUUGUAAAUAGAGCGUAAAAGUUCGGGUGUGCGAGAGGGAAGGUGAAGGAGCGCUCGACGAUGUGCUAUGGGUAACAGCCUUGCCAGAUCUACGGAUUUCUCCGUAGUUC